UCUAAAACAAGUGCCAUGACAAACUGGUGGUCGUAUAAUCUUACUGUAGAUCUCUGUAACUGGAUACUGUUACUUUGGUACUGUAGUAUACCCCUAGCUUCCUGCCAAAAAAAGUUUAAAUACAAAAAUUGCCUAACCUAUUCAUACGCUUUAAACUUGCAAACCAGUAGCAGUACUUUACUUGCUAACCUUUACUUUGCACCCAAUUGGCUCCUUCCUUCCCUCAACGUCACCAACCCUAUAUUAAGCAUUAACGUGUGUGCAGAGCUUUGUCACUCGAAGGAAAACCUACUGAAGACAGCCAAGAUGAAAGUCAAGGACAUGUCAUUCAAGGAAGGGCAGGAGUUUAAGGUCCGAGUCAGGCCUGAUGACAACUGCAAUAGCUUUGCGCUCAACAUUGGUCAUGAUCCUGAGAACAUUGCAAUGCACUUCAAUCCUCGUUUUGACCAGAACAUCAUCAUCUGCAAUUCCUUGUCUGCGGGGUGCUGGGGGGAAGAGCAACAAGAGGGAAGCUUUCCCUUUGCUCGUGGGGAGGAAUGCAAGUUUUACAUUAACUUCAACAAUGAGCAGUUUUACAUCAAACUUCCUGAUGGCACCAUGAUGAACUUCCCCAACCGUCUGGGAGAGGUCAAGUACAAGUUCUUUGACGUGAGCGGUGAUGCGAGGAUUGUGGGAAUGAAGAUAAAGUAGAGGAUACAAUCUUCACAACGUAUUCCAUUCUGAAGCCUGUCACAUUAUUUACUGGUUGCAUGAAUAGUCUGUUUUACAGUGCUGAGAGCAGGCCUGAUUGCUGGUCUUUUGUCAUGCUGAAAAACAACUGUGUGCACUGGUUGUAAUGAGAGGAAAAGGCCUAAAGAUGGCGCCAAAGCAUAUCUUAUUUUACUGCUAUUGCUUUCGCAACCCAUCAGUUGCUGGAUGUGUUUAAUAAAAGUACAAAAAGAAAAA